UCACUGGAUUCGGCUCCAAUGACGCCAGUCUGAGAACUGUUGCUGCUGUCGCGGUGCGCGGAGAACCGGAGACACACAUCGGCGCGUUUGUUUGGGGAUGUGCGUGAUUGAACGCGUCCAGAACACCGGAGCGCGUGAGUGCAGGUGUGUGUGACGGACAUCAUCAUGCUCAAAGGCUCUCGGUGAUCCACUCCUUCCCAUGAUUCCUCACCAGGCCGCCCCAUGCCAGCCCGUAACCAUGACGACCGCUCGCCCCCGCUCGCCCCUCCGUCGCCCGGCGGCCGUUUGACUGGAUGAGGAACCCGGCCUCCAGUGAUGUGAUGCACAGGUUCGAGGUUCUUGGGAUUGUGGGGGAAGGAGCGUACGGAGUCGUCCUGAAGUGCAGACACAAGGAGACUAAUGAGAUCGUGGCCAUUAAGAAGUUUAAGGACAGUGAAGAAAAUGAGGAGGUGAAGGAGACGACGCUGCGCGAGCUGAAGAUGCUGCGCACGCUGAAGCAGGAGAACAUCGUGGAGCUGAAGGAGGCGUUUCGGCAGCGAGGGAAGCUGUUCCUGGUGUUCGAGUACGUGGAGAAGAACAUGCUGGAGCUGCUGGAGGACAUGCCCAACGGAGCUCCACCCGAGAAGGUCCGGAUCUACAUCUACCAGCUGAUCAAAGCCAUCCACUGGUGCCACAAGAACAACAUCGUCCACAGAGAUAUCAAGCCGGAGAAUCUGCUUAUCAGCUCCGACGACAUGCUCAAACUGUGUGACUUCGGUUUCGCGCGGGAUCUCUCUGAAAGCACCGAUGUGAACUACACUGAGUAUGUGGCGACUAGAUGGUACAGAUCCCCGGAGCUGCUGCUGGGGGCUCCGUACGGGAAGGCGGUGGACAUGUGGUCGGUGGGGUGUAUUCUGGGCGAGCUGAGCGACGGUCAGCCUCUGUUUCCGGGCGAGAGUGAGAUCGACCAGCUCUUCACCAUCCAGAAGGUCCUGGGUCCGCUGCCGCCUGAACAGAUGAAGCUCUUCUACAACAACCCACGCUUUCACGGGCUUCGGUUUCCCUCGGUCAGCCAUCCGCAGACUCUGGAGAGACACUAUCUGGGAAUCAUCAGCCCAGUCCUGCUUGACCUCAUGAAGAACCUGUUGUUGUUAAACCCGAAUGAGCGCUAUCUGACUGAACAGAGUCUGAACCACCACGCCUUCCAGACUCAGCGGCUGACUGAGCGACCCGGCCCGCUCACACCCACACCCGUCCGCUCCUCCAAGAGGAAACCGCUCCUGGACAACAGCGCCCCCAGCAGGGGUCAUGUGGUCAAGAGUUCAAGUCACCAUCGCUCAAAUAGCCGCGACUGUUCCAGUCUGCCCCGCCAUGGGAACGAAGACCUCCACCCGUCUAGCACCGAGGCAUUCCUGAACGGGUCAGUACCAUCUGCCAACAGCCUGAGUCCAGUGAUGCACCCCAAAUCCUUUCAGCCACUCAACCGCUCGGCGUCGUGUGGUAAAGACCUGGCCAGCCUGCAUCACGCCAAAGAGGCCAAAUCCAAAGCAGGCGAUUUUGACUUUGGCAAACCAGCUGACGGACCGGGGCCCAAAUACCUGAAGUCCAACACGCCUCGCUCCCAGAACCGCCAUUCCUUUGUGGAGGGCAAGACCAGCACGCUGACAGGGGAAAGGGAGAAACAGAGCCGCCAUGGCUAUGGCGAGUCCACUGCGUCGUCGUCUUCGGGCGGAAAGGGGUUGUCUUCAUACAUAAGUUUGUCUAAGAGUCACGGAUUGCUUAGUGACUCCAAAUCCGUGACCAACCUCAGUGACAUGCGACUGCACCCGGAUGACCCCACUGGCUCUCCGCGCUACUUCCCCAGCAGCUGCUUGGACCUCAACAUGAACCUGAACUUGCCGACGCCGGGCAGUCCAUCCAUGCAACACGGGGAGCGUUCCGGACACAGUCCCGCAGUGGGGCGUCGCAGCAAACUGGAACGAGACGGAAGCACGGCUGAGCCGUCCACCCGCCGUUCCUCAUCGAGGCAGAAGAGUGACGGAAACCCUGUUGAUCCACUUGACCCCUCUGGAGGAUUGUCUCUUUCUGCGCCCCAUGAGUUCCCCUACGGCGUGGGCUACACUAGCCCAUUUUCCUCUCAGCAGAGGCCACAUAGGCACUCCAUGUAUGUGCGGAGGGAACGGGGGCGACCCCACGGGGGUGAGGCGGGCGGAUUGGCAGUGGGACAAGGGAUGUCCACGAGGGCCAGCAGUCUACAGCUCCUUACCCCUCAGCUUCAGCAUCGGACCCUGCCGAAACACAUCGGCAGUGCCGUGUCGCGGGACGCAGGAUUAGACGACAUCAGGAGUGACCCCGCGGCCGCAGAGGUCAGUCACACGCGACCUUUAAUCCGGGAGUCCACACGGGACAACACCACCACCUUUCACACGCCACGGCAAAAGAGCGAGGGAGGUGUUUAUCACGAGCAGCUCACAGAUGACAGCGGAUCGGCCAAAGAGAACCGCAUGAUGUACAGCGACUCAGUGCCACGACGGGUCGGCAGCUUCUACAGGGUGCCGUCUCCCAGACCAGAUAACUCGUUCCACGAGAGUUCAGGGGUCACGAUGGACAGCAGCCACAGCAUACACCAACCCACAUACGACCCGUGGACGGGGUCUGAGACGAGGGACAUGAGUCCUCCAGAACACACCAAAGAGAAAGAGAAACAAGGCUUCUUCAGAUCCAUGAAGAAGAAGAAGAAGAAGUCUCAAACCACAGACGCUGAUGACGAGCGACGGCCAGUCGUGAGGAAAGCGCUGUUUCCUCUCUUUCACUCUCAGAGGAGCUUCACGCGCAGCUCCUCUGAGAGAGAGCGCCCCCUCGUGGCCCCAGCACUGGUACUGCAGCCUCACACACACUGUACUGUCCGCUAACUAACACACACUGAACCGUCAUUCACUGCACUAUCACUUCUGCUUCGCUGGGCUGGGCGCGCGUGCGUCUCCUCAUUGGCUGUCAGGUCUGUGAUGUCAUCAUCUCAUUAGAAUGACUCCGCCCAUGUCUG